UGCUGGUAGUGUGUUUGAUCGUCCUCAUCACCUGCAGGUGUGCUCGGGUCGUUGCUAGGACGCACGAAGGACAGAGGGAAGACUUUAACAACGACCCGCUGCGUUAUACACACUCUGCACAAGAGCACUAGUUCAGUAGGUAAUUGUUAGUUGUCGGUAAUGGGGCGCCACAAGGGGCGAGUUUACCGUGGAGGUGGUUUGAGCAAACGAGACACACCUGCGAGAGUGACGGAAACGCGACAGAGGAUCAGGAGGCUUCAGCUCAGAAACGUUUAUAAAGCGCUUCCAGAGGAGAGGAUCGUUUCUCCAGCCGAACCCGGGAGUCCAGUGACGAUUAACGUUCAGCCUGUCAACAGUAAAACUGUGUUAUCCGUGAGAGACGAGUUCCGGCCAGACGUCUUUGCUUCCAUCACAGCUAAGAAGAAGCCUGCACGUCCUCCGGUUCUUCAGAUUUCAGAACCAGGACCUUUUCAAACUCACAAUGAAAUAGCUCCUAUUGUAAAGGAACAGGAGGGACAGAACUCGACAGCAACUCCAGAAACUAAAAUGACUUUUAGUGUGGAGGCCGACACAACUUUUAACUCGGAUGAUGACGAUGACGAUGACGAUGAUGAUGAUGAUGAUGAUGAUGAUAACGAAGACUGUUACUCCUCAUCUAACACAUUAUCCUCACCUGAGAUUUUCAGAGGAGAGGGUGAUGCUGAACCAGAGACUUCCUGCGUUAAGGCUCGGCAUAUGAGUUUGCAUCCCAUCAUAACAAACUCCACGUUACUGGAUAUGAGCUGUGCCCAGAGCAUCUACAUGCACCAGCCCCCAGACCUGUCUGCCAUCAACAACGCUUCCUCUGUUCUUGCGGAAAUGUGUGAGAUAAGCAACAGUAGAAGGCCUGAAGGUGAUAGUCAGACAAAUCAAAUCUCCUUUAAAUCAGAUAGUGACAUCAAUUUCAAAACCUCAGCUAAACGCACCAUGAAAAAGCCCUUAUUGUGCAAGAAGGUGGUUUUCAAAAGCCCCAUCAUGACUGAGCAUCUGUAUCUGGAGGUAAAACACAGCCCAGCCAGUAGCGCUCGGUACAGCACCGACCCGGUCCAGACACUCAGCCCAGCUCAGGUGGAGCCUGCGGAAAAGGCUUCCAGACCAGGGAAGAUGAGCUCUGAAGAGGACGCGUUACUGUCGGAUGUGAAGCUGAAAAGGUCUGUAGGUGGUGCAGAGAAAGCCAAGUUCUUUGACUUCGUCAGUGAUGCAGACGAGGACCUGUUCUUUCAAAUGGCAAGAGAAAGGUCUGUUAAACUCAAAAGUGCUCCUUUAUUCCCUCUCUCAGCGGCCAAACACGCUGCUCCUUCUGUCCUGUGAGAUUUGGAGCCAGAAUAGCAUGUAUAAAGAUGUUAGUUCAGUUCUAAAGUAAUCUGUGUCUUAAUCUAUAAACCCUGUGAACCUAAUCAAAGCUUUCAAUCGCUCCUGCUACUGUGCUUUUCUUUCUACACCACAGUUAAGAUGAUUUGUUAUUUUGAAUACAACUAUUUAUGUAAAUUAACAUUCUCUGUAUAAAUUAAUCAGAAGUGCAUGAUACAAAAGUGCCACCAGAUGUCAUACCUGCACCAUAACCUAUUCUUAAAGACAUUAUUUGUCUCUGUGGACGUGGUUUCCAUCUUUAUAUGUAAACUGAAGACUUUGUUUUGUUUUUGUUGGCCUGAUUUAUAUUUACUAGAGCUUUAAUUUAAAUGUUACAUAUAAAUUAAGAGUUGUUUAAAUGAGUUUAUAUAUCUUGUCCUGUAAACUGCUAAAAUAAAUUUCUUGUUUGCAAUUCAAAAAUUAAUUGUAAAAAAUGUCUAAAGCAAUUAUUGAAAUGUGGAUUAGGUUUUCAUUAUUGAAGAUAACCACGUCUCAUGUUGUUAAAUGGGCUUUAAGUGUCUAAAAGUUUCACUUGUGUGAUUUCUCUCACAGCAUUUCAUGCUGCCAU